AUGAUUGCUGCCAACACUCUCUUGGCUUCACUGCUUGUCUCCCCUGCUUGGGGCAGCAAAGUGUGGCUGGAACCAUGGCCUCUGCAUUGGAAAAGUCCCAACCUCGCUGGUCUUGCCAUACAAGAACACCAGGUGCCUUUAACCGACAACAUCGAGGCGUCAGGCUGUCAGAUCAGCAAUUUGACAGCCUACGACAUGGCCAAAGGCAGAAAGCUGGUCGAUUUCGCUAGGGGCGCCACCGAGAACAUAGAAAUGCCUAAGAUUCGUCCACUCAACUCAACCGCUGGUGAGCAGUGGGCAUUUGACGGCGUCUCUGAAGAUGGCAUGCAGUCGUUCAUCUUCGGCUUCUACCGCGACCCGAACUACUCGAUCCUAGGCGCUGGCAACUUUCGCCUGUCGCUUGAGUUUGGGUUCUCUGACGGCACCCGGUUUUCCGAGCUUUACUACGCGGAGCGAACUGUCAUGGAAACCUGUCCGCAAGGUGUCAGGGGGGUGUGGUACAGUGAGAAAGAAGGAUACCAGUUCUCUUUCCUCGUCAACUCAGACAUGAGCGAGGCCAUCAUCACUCUUCACUCCGACACGGUAAAGGGAACAAUCAUCAUGAAUUCCAAGUCGUUGCCUAUUGCUGCUGACGGCCUUGUCUGGCCAAAUGAGAACGCAACGACGGAACCAGUUCGACAUUUGCACUGGUCACAACCCAUUCCUGCCGGCACAUUAGACUUCGAUGUCGAGAUCAAAGGCAAGAGGGUGACUUGGAGCGGCAUUGGUGGUCAUGAGAGAUUCUGGUCCGCUUUCAGCUGGUUCACAUGCUUAAAGAACCUGCAAGGUGUGCGAGCAAUGCUUGGGCCCUACGUUCUCAGCUUCUUCCGCUUUGAGUCAAAUCUGGACCAGGGCCACGUCCACCAAUCUGCGGCCCUGUUCAGAGACGGUGUCCCCGUCUUUCGUUCGACAUCUCCAACCCUGUCCGACACAGAAGACUACGUCCUUGCCAGCAAGACGUAUGGCGGCGCGGUUACGGGCACUCUCAGGGACAAGGUGACGGGCUUUCAGCUUGAGCUUGUCUCCCCGAGCAAUAGACGCCACUACACUUUCUUCGUGGAGCAUGCAAACCUUGCGUUUGAGUACAUUCUUGGCGAGGGUGUUGGUGGCAGUGGCUUCUCGGGAAAGGCAAGGGGUGGGCAUGUUGGAAUGGAUCAGUACGAGGGUGUCUCGAUGAGCGAGGCAUUGACAUUCCCCAAGAACUCGCCGCUCUUCCAGAGUAACUAUGUCGAGUAG